CUUCAUGCAUGCGCUGCUCAUGCCGUGGCAGACUGAUCCCUCCACCCCAAUUCCAAAGUAGCUGCCGCCUACCAACAGCAGCGGACUGAGGACUGAGGAGUCUGCUGCAAGAUUCCUGCUCAAUUCCCUUUCCUGGGGCCGGAAUUCUGAGUUCUGACGGCAUGCAGCAGCCGGCCGACAUGCCGCAGUUCUCGCCGGCCGGCUGGCGCGGGCCGGCCGGCGCGCCGUCGCCCAUCAGCAGCCGCCCGCCCGCCCCGACGCAUGCACCGGGACAGCAGCAGCAGCAGCAGCAGCAGCAACAGAUGGACGAGCUCGGCGCCGCCGUCAGCGGGUCCGGCUCCGGGAGCAUAGACGGCCACGAGGGAGGGCUGGCUGGUGGGGAGGAGGGCGAGCGCGGCGGGUCGUCGUCGGCGGGCAACCGGUGGCCGAGGCAGGAGACGCUGGCGCUGCUCAAGAUCCGGUCCGAGAUGGACGCCGCGUUCCGGGAGGCCGCGCUCAAGGGCCCGCUCUGGGAGGAAGUCUCCAGGAAGCUCGCGGAGCUGGGGCACAGCAGGAGCGCCAAGAAGUGCCGCGAGAAGUUCGAGAACGUCGACAAGUACUACCGCCGCACCAAGGACGGCAGGACGGGCCGCGGCGACGGCAAGACGUACCGCUUCUUCACCGAGCUCGAGGCCCUCCACGGCGCCGCCGCCUCCUCUCCGCGCCCGCCGACGCCCGUUGCCGCCAUCGCGCCUCCGGCCAUCACCGCGCCCGGAAGCGCGGUAGGCGCUUACUCAGGAGUGCCCUCGUCAGCGGCGCCGCGCGUCCCAGCCCAGCCGUCUACCCCCGCGCCUCUCCUCGCGCCACAGCCGCCGAAGCCGGUAUUUACCGAGUCCGCUGCAUGCGUGAUGACGACUUUGGGCGACGAGAGCUUCUCGGACUCAGACGGGGAGGACUCUGACGAGACGGCGGACGGCGGGAAGCGGAAGCGGCGCGGCGGGUCGGGCUUCGGCCACGGCGGCAAGGCGAUGCGCUUCUUCGAGGGGCUGAUGCAGCAGGUGAUGGAGCGGCAGGAGGCCAUGCAGCACCGCCUCCUGGAGGCCAUCGAGCGGCGCGACCAGGACCGCAUGAUCCGCGAGGAGGCGUGGCGGAGGCAGGAGGUGGCGCGCCUCGCGCGCGAGCAGGACGCGCUCGCGCAGGAGCGCGCCGUGGCGGCGUCCCGCGACGCAGCGGUCGUCUCCUUCAUUCAGAGGAUCACCGGGCAGAUGAUCGGCCCCGGGCAGGCGCCACCAUCAUCCUACCCCGCGCCACCGACCGCUAUCACGGCGAUCAAACCGCCGCCAUUGCAGCCGACGCCUGUCGCCUCGGCCGCACCGGCACAGGCACCGCCGACGCCACGGCCGCCGGUUCAGCCGCAGCCGAACGUGACGCCCAUGAAGACACAACCACAGACGCCGCAGCCACAUGCACACGCAAUGCCGCCGACGACAGAACCACAGCAACAGCCACAGCCACAGCUACAGCUACAGACGGCACAGACGCAAAGCAGUAAGGAGAUCGUUGUCCAUUCUUCGGAGGCUCCUGCCGACAUGGCCGGGUCUGGGUUCGGCGGCGCGUCGCCGUCGAGGUGGCCGAAGGCCGAGGUGCACGCGCUGAUCCAGCUAAGGACGGAGAUGGAGACGCGGUACCAGGACACGGCGCCCAAGGGCCCGCUGUGGGAGGACAUCUCGGUGGGGAUGCGGCGGCUGGGGUACAACCGGAGCUCCAAGCGGUGCAAGGAGAAGUGGGAGAACAUCAACAAGUACUUCAAGAAGGUGAAGGAGAGCAGCAAGAAGCGGCCCGAGGACUCCAAGACGUGCCCCUACUUCCACCAGCUCGACGCGCUCUACCGCACCAAGGCGCUCGCCUCCUCCUCGUCUGGCGCCCUUCAUGCGCCGGCGCCGUCUCCUCGCACGGAGGCCGCCGCGGUCACCACAGUGCUCGCUCCCGUGCCGCUGUCGUCGCAGACGCCACCGGCGCCGCAGCAUGUCGAGCACACGGGCAAGACUUUCACCAACGGCAACGGGAACGGGUGUGCGAGCAACGGAGCCGGCAUGCAAGUGAAGACGAGCAACGGCGCCGGUAUCGGGGCAAGGCUCCUCACCUCCAUCGAAGGCGCCGGCGCCGGCCACGGUGGUAACAACGGCACUGUGACGAACAAGCUGGAACCAUCGAAGCAAGACGGAAUAACGAAAGAGACGACGACGAUCACGGAGCAGCCGGCGAUAGCCAUGAACCACAACUACGGCGGCGGCGGCAACGACAGAAGGGACGUGUACGACAUGGACAGCGACAGCAUGGACGACGACGAGGACGACUUCGACGACGAUGAUGAUGAGGACGACGUCGGCGGCGGCCGCGGCAUGCCGGUGCAGUACGACACCCACUUCCUCCAAAGGCAGCAGCUGCAGCAACAGCAGAACCACAACCACGGCCACAAUGUCGUCCGGCCGAACGCGGCGAACGGGGGCGGCAACCCGCCGACCGGAAACGCCGCACCGGCAGCGGCGGCGACAAGUGGGGCGCCAUUCCUGGCCAUGGUCCAGUGAUGAGAGAGGACGACGCUAGCAACAAACCAAGAAGCGUCCAGGUGGUGUCGAUCUCGAUCCCUCCUGUGCCCAUACGGAUCUAGCUAGUCCAAUUCUACACUCCCCACUUGAUGGAUCGAUACCCCCUGCCUGCUGCUAGGUAAAAACAACAAAUUACCAGACCUGCAAAACCCUACACAAAAUUUCACUACUUCUGCCUCUUCCAAUCCCCAACUGAAUUAUUUCCAUUAUUAUUCCUCUCGUGCACAUAUAUAUGGAUCGAGACGUAUACAUCAUGUACAUGUCACAUUCAAUCACCACACUGUAGAUGCAUGGUAAAUUGAAGGCGUGCUCAUGCGGGAUUUCCUCUUCUUCUUUUGGAGUUACCUUUUUUACCCUUUUGUUCUGAAAAAAAAAAAAGUUACUGUCCAGUAUGUGUCAUGUAAGAACUUUUUCAUCUUCUUAAACUAUUGGUUAAUGUUCAGAGUACAUGUCAAUGACUGUUCA